CAGAUUCUCAUUUAAAUAAGAUCUACGUAAAGAACUACGGAUGCAAGAAGCAUUCGUACCUCAGUCAGUCGGGCACUAGAGCACUUUGUGUAUGAACUAGACUCAUGCAAAAGCUACACACAUCGGCUUCUUGGCUGCAACAGGGGUCUGGAGAGCCUCAGCCAGAGAAAAUCCCAGAACAACCCAAGUGUUUCUGAAGCUCUUCCCAGAUAUGUUGCCAUCAACUUUUGAAAGUGAAUCCCAAAAGGAAGAGCAGAGAAAGAAAAUGGCUGCGAAGUUGGAACUAGCAAAGUUCCUUCAAGAAGCAAUUACAGAAAUGGCAAGGAGGAACAGAGGCAAGCUGGGAGAGGCCUCUGCACAGCUGUCAUCCUAUGUAAAACAGGUCCAGAUAGGCCACAAGCACAGCACAAAGGAGAUGGUUCGCUUUUCCAAACUCUUCGAGGAUCAGCUGGCCCUAGAGCACCUAGAUCGGCCUCAGCUGGUUGCCCUUUGCAAGCUACUAGAAUUGCAAACCUUUGGAACCAACAAUUUGCUUCGCUUUCAGCUUCUGAUGACACUGAAGUCUAUGAAAGCAGAUGACAGAAUAAUUGCCAAAGAAGGGGUGAAAGAUUUGAGUAUGUCAGAACUGCAAGCUGCCUGUAGGGCCCGAGGCAUGAGGUCACUGGGUCUCACUGAGGAACAACUGCGACAGCAGCUCACAGAGUGGCUGGACCUGCACCUACAGGAGAAUGUGCCCCCAUCUCUGCUGCUGCUUUCUUGCACCUUCUACCUGAUAGAUGUGAAGCCAAAGCCAACUGAGAUACCUCAGCAUGGAGAGGCUCUGAAGAUGGACGUUCCCCUGGGAUUGCCUACUUCCCCCAAAUCUAAAGGGAACAUGGUAGAUUCUGCACCUCAACUGAAGGGAACUAAGGAUGAAGAGUUGAUGCAGCUGCCGCCAGUGCCGUCAUCACCAAAACCACCACCGACAUCUAUCUCAUUACCCAUUGCUUCUUCUAAAGAAGCUGCACUCCAGGUCAAAUCCCAGAUGACAUCCCAGAACAGCAAGGCAAGUUCAAAAGGAGCCUAAGGACCACUUGGGGGUGGAGCGUGCUCUCUCCACCUGUGGCUGGCAGUGGUACCUGUGAAGGACAUCCAGCUAAGGCUGUGUCUACUUUUAGAUACAGGAUCAGUCAUUUAGUCCUGGGGGCAACCCUGAGGCCUUGGAACCAUUCCAGGCCAUGUCUGCUGUGACCCAAGUUCAGGCCUUUAGAAAUGUAGUCCCGAAGUUUACUUCCUCUGUAGCACUGUCAUUCCACUAAACCUUAUGCAAAGCCCACCCCCACCAUGUUGAACUGCUUCCUGUUUGUGUGCAUCUUUUCAGAGUAAGGUUUUUGUUGUUGCAUAGUGGAAUCUGUUUGGCACCUUGGAUACUUCUGUGGCUGGUGGCUUGGAAUCCCACAUUGGAACUUGCAGACUCCAAACGCCAUCUUACAAGGACCUGGCCAACUUUUUCAGAAUGACUUAACAGUAGGAACAGUGCCUUGGAACAGCACCCUGAGAUGGGAAGGAUAUACUUCUCAGUAAGGUUUUUUCUGGAUAUAAAGGGAAAUCUUAGAAGAUGGGAAGUUAAACAGAUUGGCAGUCACAAAGGCCUGGCCGCUGGGCACGUGUGGCAGACAUUCCCCUCCAGAGGUAUGGAGGCUGCAGAAAUCUGGGAGUGGCCACUAUUCUAGCACAUAUGAGAUUCAUUAGCCACCAUUUUGCUAGGAAACAUAAUUAAGAGUCUAGCCUUAACCAUUUGUUUGUGCUGGAUGUGUUUUUCUGAUCAGCUUGUCUUUCACAAGUAAGACUGUUAGUCAUACAGUGGUUGAGUCUAAUAGAGUCCCUGCGCUCUGCAGGAACAAGUCCUGUUCAGAUAUUUCUCUUCAGUGUUCUCAGUAUUAACACUGGAACUGGUCAGGUUGCCGUCCACCUGACCAAGAGCUUUGUUCACUUGUUCUGAGAUUUAAAGUAAAACUUAAGAUCUUCUCUGCCUGGAAUCAUCUAGAUGAGAAAUGUCACCAGCACUUACAGUAAGAUCAUGGGCUUUAAAACACUUAAGCUUCUCCAUUUGCAGACAAGCCCCAACCCACCCCACAAAGAACUGCCCUUCUAGGAGGAUGAAGCCCUACUAUGCACAGCAUUUCAUGGAUCUGCCAUUGGCCAAACUGGGUGAUUCAUGGUAAAAUGUUUUAAAAUGAUGGGUGUUGUUAGUCCACAUUUUAGCUGUUACAAUGUGAGGAAGGGCAUGGCUAAUUUGUCCACUCCUGUCUCAGCUGAAAGAUCUACAUGUGCUGUUGAACUGUCCUACAGUUCCUUUUGGCCUUCCCUAUGAGCAGAAGGGUUAGGCCAAAGGGCCCUGGGUCACUUUUGUCUCCAGUUGGCCUUCACCUGUUUUUGCCAUCUAUGAAUGCUGAGACACCCCUCUUCCCAUUCUCAUGACAGUAGAACUACCCUAGAAGUCAUGGAAGUUUCUUUGUUCUCAUCACUUUGGGUGCUUGGCUGUUGGGUUCCAAGAUUGUUAGCUUUAGCCCCCAGCUGGUGGUGCUUUGGUAGAUGGCUAGUAAUCAACUCUGAGAGGAGAAAUAGCUCUGACUGACCCCAGGGAUGUUAAGUCCCACUGUGACUGAUUUCUGGCUACACCAUGGGGGCACUGACCAGCGCAGUGACCCUUGUGAGCCAGCUCCAGCUUCCACUGGCCCCAGUGCUUCUGGAGUAGACAGCUGAAGCUCUAGGUGGCAGCAUGAUCAUGACACCACAUUUGUGUGCAGACAUGCAUCUGGAAGGCAGAAGUAUAAAGAUGGUUCUGAAUUACUGUUAAGUGCCAACCUAGAGGGAAUUCGCAUCAGAUGGAGUUUAAUGUCUGGGUCCUUGCUGGUCUUACCCUUCCUGGCUCCCAUUGGUUGAGGGAAUAGAGGCCAAGCUGCUCUGCUCAAAGCCUUUUCCUUCUCCCUGCUCUUUCCCUGCAGAUGCCUUGGCUCUACCAGCUGCUAAUAACCUUCCUGGCUCUGAUUUGAGGCGUCCUCCAAAAGACGGCAGUGAUGUUACACUUGGCCUAUCUCUCAAAGAAUUCUGCUGGUGUAUGAGGGAGACAGACACAGAGACAGAGAAAGGCACUUAACAUUUAUGCCCCUACUUGUGCCAUAUCGUUCUUUUGGUGGAGGACCAGGUCUCCUUAUGUAGCUCAAGGUGGCAAACUUCCAACAGUCCUCCUGCCUCAGCUUCCCAAGUGCUGGAAUUAUAGGUGUAUGGCCCCAUGCCCAGUGCCUUGUCUAGUUCUGUACUUUAAUCAUUAAAAGUCACAUUGGUAAGGGCUGGGAAUGUAGCUUAGUGGUAGAGCACUUGCUUAACAUGUGAGACCCUGGUUUAAUCCCCAGGACCAGAAAAAGAAAAAAAGUAAUAUCCAGUCAGUCAGUGCUCUAUAAUGCUAAACCUGAGCUAAAUAAAGAUUUCUCCUCACCUCUACUACAUACUUACAGGUAAGGUCAGAAUUAGUUCAAAGCAGCUUGAAUUUUAAUACUGAUGGUGCUGUUAGCUCACUGGCUCCACCUAGUGGUUACUGAUAUAGUAACUUAAUUACCAUUAAGAUAGAUUUCUUGCUGCAGCUCAUGUUCAAUCUUACUUACCUGAGAUCAAUAUAUUACAUUAGCAGUGCUAAGGGACUGAUGAUCUCCAGGCCUUGGCAAUUAAGAAAGGCAGUAUUGAUUAAUGUUGUGGUGAUCCCAGGACCUAAUCUUUUAACCCUGAGGAAGCCAGACAGGUUCAGUGUUCUGACAGCGAAAUGUCUUCAUUAGGUAAACUAGAUUCCUUUUCCCAAGAGACCCUUUCUGGUCAUCUAAGUAAAAUAGCCAUUUCAUUUUCUCUCAGGUCAAUUUCACUAUCUUUUAUUUGACAGCCAGCUCAGUAUCUGGGGACUUUGUGGGUGAUUUUAGUAUUAACAGCAAGGACAUUGCUGUUAUAAUAAUGGUGCCUUAUAUUUCUCUAGUACCUCUCUCAAAGUCAUAUGAAGUCCUUUAUAGACCUUCCAACUAUUCACACAGCAUCAUAGUAAAGCAGGGCCCAGGCAAAAAUUAUCAUCACUAUUUUACAAGGAAAGACACUAACAUGUGGUCUCAAAGCAAACGCUUUUGAGAUGAAUUCAUUUCCUAGCUCUCUUCACCAAAUCGUACCUUCUUUAAACAUAAACAAAUAGUAAUAUUUGACAGUUGCAUAGAGAAACAAAAGCAGGAGAGAAUUUUACAAUAAUAACACUGCAGCUGUCAAAAAAUAUGCAACUUAGGAAAAUGUAAAGCAGCAAUCUCACUUUUUUACAUAAUGAAAGCAUGUUGAGCUGUCUGGAUCCAGUGGAGAGGAAGCUUUAAGGUCAGGGGCUGACUAGAUAGAAGAAUAAGGUGCCAAGGAGCCAGAAAUCUACUUGGUGAGGACUGUGACAACCAGCAGGUGGCAGAAGUUUCCAAGCAGUGAAAAAAACAAAAGUACUGAGCCACGGGGUGGAGUUUGUACAGGAAGAGCUAUAGGAAGCCAAGAUUUGUGACAAACCCAACAAAUGCAGUCUGGUCAUACAGAGACAGCAAGAAUGGUUUGAGGGUAUCAGGAUAACAAAUUAGGUUGGGGAAAGGUGAAGCAGGGGAGCUAAAUGCAGAACUAGCCGUAGGUGACAAGUUUUCUGUCACUUGCCACAGGCCAGAACUCACCCACAUGGAGGGUAGACGCCCAAUCUAGGGCUGAGUGCCCGCAGACCCUCUCCUCUCCCUCACUUUAGUUCUCCUGCUCGGCUAUCCCAAAAGCCCUCCCUGUCUAACACUGUUGCCUCAGUGUCCUCUGAGGAAACAGUCUGCUGGGCCUUGGGGCUCUGCCCAGCGCUGUGGGGUGCAGAUAGGUUACUGCUCAUG